GGGGAGGGGGGGGUGUCCGGGGGGGGCGGAUAAAAGCCGGGACGGCGGGGUCGGGGGAACCGGGCACGAUGAGCGCGGCCCCGGGCACCUCCCGCGCCCCCCAGCCGCGGCUCCGCUUCCCCGACGGGGCGGGCGGGCCGGGCAGCGGGCGGGCGGCGGCGACGGUGGGGGGCCCGGCCGCGGGGCCCUGCCCCAGCCCCUGCCCCAGCCCCUGCCCCAGCCCGGGGGGGCCGCGCAAGCGGCGGCGGACCACCUUCAGCCGGGGGCAGCUGUCGGAGCUGGAGCGGGCCUUCGCCGCCGUGCCCUACCCGGAUAUCGCCACCCGGGAGCGCCUGGCCGAGCUCACCCAGCUGCCCGAGGCCAAGAUCCAGGUCUGGUUCCAGAACCGCCGCGCCCGCAGGAUCCGCAGUGCCAAACCGGAGCUGCAGCCGCCGCUGGCAUCACCCGGGGAACGGGGUCCUCCCGCGGCACCCCCCGACUGCACCGCCCCAGGCCUGGACCCUGCGCUGCCUCCACCAGGAGACCGCAGCCCCGCUCGGGGCCUCCCCACCUCGCUGGGCUCCAUCUCUGACCUCAUCUACAGCGCGGCCAUCACCAACCUGGGCGAGCCAUAGCUGUGGUGGGGACCUCCUGGCACCGGGGACCCCCCAGCACCGAGACCCUCCAGCUUAGCACCACGAUUUCAUUAGGAUGUGGAAUUACUGCCGGUCCUGAAGGUCCUGAGGAUGUCAUCCAAUAUUCUAAAUGCCGGUGCGGCCGUGGCGGGGCCAGCUCCCCGUCAGACCCCUAAUACCGACUAAUCUUUUGGAAAAAAAAAAAUACCUUAAUCUGAGGCCGUAUCUGCGGAUGAUUGUGGCGCGGCCGCCCCUAAUCCGCAGGCACGUUCGCAGGUGCCGGCGGAUCUCCCCGUAUCAGAUAUUAAAGCGUUGUUUGCAGAGGG